AUGUCAGAAGUAAACCAAGAUACGACAGAAGUACCCAUCACAAAUCCAGUAAAGACCCACGUCAAGGAUCCCAGAAGGGUGGAGGCAGGACGUAGGCUUGCUAAGAUAAGUAAGGAAGCAAAAGCAAGGAAGAAAGCACAGCUCGAAGCUAUCAAAGAAGAGGAGCAGAACGUUCUGACCGAAGAAUCUGAAAAUGAUGAGUCAAUAGUCACCCUAGAUAUGGUAGGUCUGGUAGUAGGUAUCGCCGUAGGACUCGGAUCCCUCUAUGUUAUGUUACGUGGUGUAGUCGUCAGGAAAAGGACGAGAAACCCGAGGAAGAUAAGAUUGUAAAGGAGCCGAAACCCGCUGUUAUCACACCAAAAGGUCCUGACUUGUUUGACUAA